GUUUGGCCAAGCACGCCCCAGUCCUCCAUCCCUCGUCGUCAUGGUGGACGUAGCAACGUCCCUUCUCGGCCUCACCGACGACGAGUUCGUCGAAGCAAUUGCUCACGAUAGUUCGGUCUCCGAUUGGCUCUUUGGUGAAAUGAAAGCUGUUCUCCUCGACUCCGAAACAGAUGAGUUCUACGUGUCCAAACACGGCGACAACCUCUUGCUGAUUGCGGCUCGGAUCGUCGCAUCGGAUGGCCUCGAUCUCGCGCAUUUAGUGAAUCGAGGGUUCCUCACAUUGCCUCGCAUUAUUGUCAUGUGUUCUUUGUACGCCCAGAGCAAUGAGCACGUGCUGGAAUGGUGGCUGCAACGGGUGUGUUCCUGUGCGCCGCGCAUUGUCGAUCAGAUCCCCAUGCUGCACGACGUAUUCUACCAUGCACUGUUGACCAUGCAUCACCAAGUGGCAUCCCUCCACAUCCCAUGCAUUAUUGAAGCGACCCGAAUCCAAACUCAGCUCUGCGAUAUGUCAAAAACGAUCCAUGCGCUUCUAGCCAGCUCCGACGUGUUCCUCUCGAUUCUAACACCUCCACACGCCGCCGCGGGAGACCUCAGCCACAGUUUUGACGGUCAAACGCUUCUGCACGCAAUUUUGGUCUGUUACGAGACGGACCUCCCAAUUCUCAACAAGCUCAGCCGCAACGACAAGCUCGUCCCAGUGACCCGUCGCCACAUGUUGUCUAGCCUUGGUAUUUGGCUAGAAAAGACAUUUCUUUCCAAAUUGACAAGGCAACCGAUGCAAGCUGCACAACGCAUCGAAGCGUUCUUUGGCGUUCUCAACUCGCUGUUGCAUAACGCAGACGCGGCCGAACCAGCGUCGCUUGUCAGCGACUUGUGCAAGUUGCUCCAGUUCAAAACGAAAUGCAGACGUGCGUUUGACGAUGGCGCUAUUGACGAUGCGCAGCGAGAUUACCUCGCACUUCUCUUGAGCGAGCUGCCCGAGCGCGCGCGACCAGCAACACCUGCCGUCCCCAUCGACGACACGAACCCGAAUGUUGUCGUGGGGAACACAGCGCAAGACGACAGAGCUGCGAUUCUCCAGUCGAUUGGAGUCCAAGUCAAGGACAUCUUUCCCGACUUGGGCGACGGAUUUCUCGAACUCGUCACUGUUGCAUGCGAAUACUCGUCCGACAAAGUUAUCGUGGCGCUCUUGGAAGACGUCCUACCCCCAGCGGUCGCGAGUCUCGAUCGAACGUUGACGAAAAGCGACCCUCGUUAUAUUGCCAUCACGGCUUCAGCUUUGACGUCCGUGCCUGCGUCGACGACGCCACCAACGUCAAAAGCUGACCCGACGCAGAUAUGGGUGGGAAAGAAGAAACUGCCCGACAUGUACAAGCCAGAGAGUGUUCGCGCAGACCCUGAAUACCUCGCCAAGCAACUCCAGCUUGCCCAAACGUACGACCAAGAGCCAGCAUGGCCCGAACCAGUGCACAUGGACGAGUACAACGACGAUUACAACGACGAGCUCGAGGAAUACGAGCCGUUUGGCGUGCGUGACGACGAGCCGACCGAUUACGAAGAUAUCAUUGCGCGAAACAAGGUGGUCCGGGCGAGGGAGGCGGAAGAUGCUUUCUGGGAGAGCAUGCGAAACCCGAACCACAGCCAAACAGAACGCGGCGACGUGGACGUCGAGGAAGGCGACGAUGGCAGGGAAGGUGAAACGAAACGACGUGCUGCAACCCCACCACGAGGACUCGUCCCUACGAAAGGCAGAGGGGAUGGCCAUGCCAAGAAACAGCAGCAGCCAGGGUCGACGGCGAACACCGAAAGGCAGGUCGAUCGGGGAGCGCCGAGGUCGAAGCAAGGCUCGCCAUCCACUGAGGAAGAUCCCAAGAAGCAACAGAUCACUCGUGCGAGAAAGGAGCAAAACAAGAGCGUUGUGGCCAACCACCGACGCAAAGACAAAGCGCUCAAGAAGCAAGGAGGAGGGGGUGGCGGGCUGUAUUAGCGCUCCACAAAGGAGAUAAAAUAAAAGAACUUGACGGUCGAGAGGAUCAGUACGUCGUGCUACACAUAUCUCACUUUGUCG